AUGCGUUUUCUCUCUUCUUCAGCCUUUGUGAAGGAACCAAUGGGAUACACGCUUUCCACAGCGGCCAUGGAUGCCAUUCACCAAGAUUCGUUCGCCGAAACAACAAAACUCCAAUACGAAAAACAUUGUACUCUCUUUUCUGAUUCUAACCAUCCCCAUAGUUUCUCCGAAUACUCAAAGAUGGCAUCAAACCAUUGUAUUCGAACGGUUCUCAAUUUCGAAGAAAUCGCCAAGAUCGGAUCUCAAAAUUCUGACGCGAAGACCUUAACACAUGAUACAGGUUGUGAUGUCGAUGCCGUGUUGAAAUUGUUGAAGUGA